GCCACAGCUUCGACUUUCCACGGUCCCCGACACGGCACGAUACCGACGAAUGCCUCAACAGUGAUGUAGUUCCAUUCGUACGACGCCCAUCCAUUUUCGCGUCGCUCUGCUCAACGUCUCUCAUCACACAAAGUGUUGUGUUGUAGCACCCAUUUUAUGGAUUUUUUUUGUAUUUAAACGACAUCACUUAUGUCCCUCCAUUUAACCGCUCUACAAUCUUAAAGUGCCAACAUUGACAAACUACAGGGAAACGACCAACAAAGAAUCGACGAUAAGACGCGGAAUCAAUAAAAAGCUCAACGAUUUUUGGGGGAUUUUUACACAAUCAACCCACAAAGAAAUCAACAACAACAUCACAAUCGUCCUUAUCGAUGAGAUUGAAGGCCAAACUGAAGAACAAACUGAAGAAAUUUUCCAAAUUUUUUAGUUCCUCCUCCUCCCCUUCUCCUGGUUUUAGUUCAAUCCUCCUCUCCCCAUUCACCAAAAUGACCCCAAUUGGCGAUGAGCCCACCCACAAAUCCACAUCCAUCCUCAAAGUGACUGGGAAUCUCAUACAUCGCUUCAUCGUUAUCCUCGUACGUGGGAUAAUGCGCUUUCUCUUUGGCGCCAAAGGUCAAUCAAUGCCACCCAUUAAGGAUUUGACACUUCUUGAGUCAGCAACGUCGUUAGCACGUAAAAUCAGAACAAGAAAGAUUAAAAGCAUUGACGUGGUUCAAUCGUUCAUUGAUCGAAUAAAUGAAAUCAACCCAUUGCUGAAUUGUGUCGUUGAUCGACGCUUUGACGAUGCCCUAAAGGAUGCAGCAGCUGCGGAUAAAUUAAUUGAAUCCGGUCAAAUGACAGAGGAGCAACUUGAGAAGGAAAAACCCUUUUUGGGCGUUCCAAUUACCACAAAAGAUUGCAUUUGUGUGGAGGGACUCCUCAAUACAGCUGGCAUUGUUGCAAGACGCCACAAAAGGGCUGAAGAGGAUUCCGAAGCAAUUCAUUUAAUGCGCGAAGCCGGAGCCAUUCCAUUAGCCAUCACAAAUACAAGUGAAUGUUGCAUGUGGUGGGAGAGCUACAAUAACAAUCACGGCAAAAGCUGCAACCCGUAUGAUACUAAUCGAAUUGUGGGUGGAAGUAGUGGAGGUGAAGGAUGCCUUUUGGCUUCAGCUGGAUCUGCCUUUGGGAUUGGCUCCGAUAUUGGAGGCUCAAUUCGCAUGCCGGCCUUCUUCAAUGGUGUCUUUGGGCAUAAGCCAAGCAAGUUCAUUGUCUCCCUAAAGGGGCACUACCCCAUUCCAAAGGACUACCACCUCAAGUCCUUCCUCGGUGUUGGCCCAAUGUCACGCUAUGCUACAGACCUCAAACCAAUGCUGCAAAUCAUGGCGGGAGAGAAUGCGACAAAAUUGCGCCUCGACGAACCCGUUGAUCUCAGCCGUGUGAAGAUCUACUACCAAACUGACGACGGGGGCGGUCAUCUCGUGACCCCCGUUGACCCAGACAUCAAGACAGCUAUGCAGAAGGUCGUCACACACUUCCAAUCCACCGUUAAGGCAAAAGUUCAGCGUGUACGAUUCGACAAACUCCGCAAAUCCGCCCCAAUUUGGUUGGCAAACAUGAAGGCAAAGGACGCCCCGGGAUUCGAUCAGGAGAUCACAGGGUACACUGGGAAGAUCAGCCCGACUUUUGAGCUCCUCAAGUGGAUCUUUGGACGCUCAGAUCAUACCCUAAUUGGCAUCCUGACGGCACUCUUUGAGAAUUCUGGCAUCAAAUACGGGGACCCAAAACAAAUUUUCCUUGUGGAGCAAAAGGAGAAGCUCCUGGAGGAAAUGCAGACACUCCUAGGAGACGAUGGGGUACUCCUCUACCCCACACAUCCCACUGCGGCACCCUACCACUAUGAGCCCCUCGUACGUGCCCUCAACUUCUCCUACACGGGAAUAAUUAACAUUCUGGGCCUCCCAGCGACGGCAUGUCCCCUUGGGCUGGGCUCCGAAGGUCUCCCAAUUGGUCUGCAAGUGGUAUCGGCUGUGAAUCAGGAUCGUCUCUCCUUGGCUGUGGCUUGUGAGCUGGAACGUGCCUUUGGGGGUUGGGUGGCGCCCGAAAUUGUGGCGUGAUGGUGUUCCACGGAAGAUUUUGCAGAGAAUAAAUAAAUUUUGUUACAUA